UCGAGAGUUUUUACAGAGAACUUUAGGAUGGCUUUCAGCUUUUCCUGCAGUUUUACAAGCUUCCCUCGACAUCAGGUGAGAGCGAAUCCUAGGAGCAACAAAUGCCUUGAUAAUGUUAGAAACCUUGUCAAAACGGUUGCGAUUCCUUCUGUUACGUCCUCUCCGCUUGAAUCUCUCCGAAAGGGAAACUGGGUCAAGCUCAUAUGUGGUGCAAGUUUCGAGGAUGUUGUUGAUAUCAGGAAUCUAUCCCUGGUUUACACUCUUGCUGGAGUUGACUGCAUUGACUGUGCUGCUGAUGGGGCGGUGGUGAGUGCGGUGAAUGAUGGAAUUGAGGCGGCUAAAGAGAUCGCGGGCCUUAGAAGGCCUUGGGUAAUGGUCAGUAUCAAUGACGACGAAGAUCUUCACUUCCGAAAGGCUGAGUUUGAUCCAGAGGACUGUCCGCUUGACUGUUCUAGGCCUUGUGAGGUCGUUUGUCCAGCUAGUGCAAUAGCACUCAAAAAAGGAAACUCAUCAGCAGAAGUUUCCCUUGGUACCAGUACAUCUGGAGUUUUAAAGGGUGGAGUUAUAACUGAACGCUGUUAUGGCUGCGGCCGUUGCUUUCCAGUUUGCCCCUAUGAUAAAAUAAGGGCGGUCGCAUAUAAAAGAGAUACUACUGCAACUGCGGAGCUUAUUACAAGAAAUGAUGUCGAUGCUUUGGAGAUACAUACAAGUGGAAGGCAGACUUCUCUCUUUAAGGAACUUUGGGAUGGCUUGGGAGAUUCAAUUUCAUAUCUGAGACUAGUAGCAGUUAGCUUACCUAAUACUGGGGAUUCGACUAUAUCAUCAAUGAACACAAUGUACUCUAUUAUGCAACCGAAGCUUCGUUGCUUCAAUUUAUGGCAGCUGGAUGGUCGCCCCAUGAGUGGCGAUAUUGGACGAGGUGCAACAAGGGAAUCAAUUGCUUUUGCAGUCCAACUGGCUGCUGUGAAAGAUAAGCCUCCUGGUUUUCUUCAAUUGGCGGGUGGCACCAAUAUUCACACAGUUGAUGGGUUGAAGAAAAUGGGACUUUUUCGAACGACAUCCAUUACUAAUAAUUCAAAUGAUGAAAGAAUGAUGGCCACUUCGCCUAGCUCACUGCAUGCCUUAGUCGGUGGCAUAGCUUAUGGUGGAUAUGCAAGGAAGAUCGUUGGGAGGGUCUUGAGAUCCUUGCAAUCACAGCAUGGUGUUGCUCGUAUUGAGGAUUAUCCGGAUCAACUCUUGGAGGCACUUAGAGAAGCCCUUGCUUUAGUUGGAACUGCCAAAUGUUACGAUCCACUUCUAAUGAUGUCGUAGGACUACUAAUUUUUCAUGUUAUUCUUAACCACAGAUGCCCUGGUCCUUCUCAGUUGCCGUGUUUGGUUGUCUGCAAACUCAUGAGGCUGAGAAAGGUACCAUUUUGAAUUGUUU